UGUCACAUUCCUACAAUAAUUAGAAUUAGAGAAUAAAAGAGAAUGAAUGAGAAUCUGAAAGAGCAGCAGAGUCUGGAACACCUCCAGAACAAGAAUAAGGGAGGGAGAAACAUCAAAGGAAGGUGAUGCUUCCAAUAGCUGGGAUCUCUGGUUCCAUCUCUUGGCUGUGGAGCCAGCUCUCAUUCUGCUGGAAUAACCUCACAAAUCUGUCAUUUUCUUUCAUACUGCUUGCCCUGCUGCUUGAUUAUGUGAAGUGGAGGAAGAGAUGUAGUCGCUAUCCACCAGGACCUACCCCUCUGCCUUUCAUUGGGAACUUGCUACUGGCUGAUAUAAAGGACCCACAUAAAACUAUCCAACAGCUGGAAAAAAAGUUUGGACCAGCCAUCUCACUCAAGGCUGGAUGGAAAAAUAUUGUCAUACUAAAUGGGUUCAAGAUGAUAAAGGAGGCACUGGGACAAAAAGCUGAGGACUUCAUUGACCGACCAUCAGUUCCAUUGUUGAAUCUAAUUAGCCAUGGAAAGAAUUGUGCAGGAAUACUAAUGGCAACAUGUAGCAAUGGCUGGAGGGAGCAAAGAAGAUUCUGUGUCUCCAUCCUGAAGAACUUUGGGAUGGGGAAGAAAAUGCUUGGAGAGAGAGUGUCUGAAGAAGCUGGAUAUUUGUGCUCUGAAUUCAGAUCUAAAGAAGGUUCUCCUUUUGAUCCCAAAAACCUCAUCUUCAGGGCAGUUGGUAAUAUUAUCUGUAACCUAACAUUUGGUGACCGCUUUGAAUACAAUGAUGAGACAUUCCUGAAGCUAAUGCAGAUGACUGAGGAGAUCAUGAAGACAAUAGCCAGAAGCAUUCCUCAGCUUUUGGCUGCAGGAUCCGGAUUGUCCUGCUUUCCUGGACCUCACCGUAAAGUGCAGAAACUCUAUGAAGAAAUUAGUGCUAUUCUGAAAGAGAUUGUGAAUGAACAUAAGAACACCAGAGAUCCCACCGUUCCAAGAGAUUUGAUUGAUGCAUUUCUGGAGGAGAUGGAAAAGGCUAAAGGGAAACCAGAAAGCACUUUUAAUGAGCAAAACCUUAUUAAUAUAAUUGUCGAACUCUUUGGGGCUGGCACUGAAACUUCUUCUUCCACCAUACUCUGGGGACUGCUGAAAAUGGUCCUUCAUCCUGAGGUUCAGAAAAGGGUCCAAGAAGAAGUUGAUCAAGUGAUUGGCCGGGUAAAAUCACCCAUGAUGAAAGACCAGUUGAGACUGCCUUAUACUUGUGCUGUGAUACAUGAAAUUCAACGUUGUGCUGAUGUGACACCUAUUUCCUUUCCAUUUCUGACACACAGAGAUACUGAAGUUGGCAAGUUUGUCAUUCCCAAGGAGACCAUUGUCUUUAGCCAUUUCUCCUCUGUACUGAAGGAUGAGACCAUGUGGGAGAAGCCACAAGAAUUUUACCCAGAGCACUUUCUAGAUGCAAAUGGGAAGUUCGUUAAGAGAGAGGCCUUCUUGCCUUUCUCUGCAGGUCGUCAUGCUUGCCCUGGAGAACAGCUGGCCAAAAUGGAGCUCUUCCUCUUCUUCACCAGCCUCCUGCAGCAUUUCACCUUUUGCAUUCCUGAGAACUAUCCCAGGCCCAAGGAAGAAAGAUUAUAUGCCCUCACAGUUAAUCCAUCCCCUUUCCAGAUUUGUGCCAUUCCUAGGUAAUGGUUCCAAGUUUAGUAUAUCUAACAGUCCUGACCAUUAACCCCAAAAGCAGAGGAGAAGUCAGAAAUGGGCAGUUAAGGAGUCAAAGAGACACAGAGAGAGAAAACAAUGGGAAAUGCAAGGAUAUCGGGUGACAAAGUCACAGGCAAUGACAACCACAUGGUCUAUCACCCUUGAAUGUGUACAUUAGGAACUACACAUUAAAAGUAAUAUGUAGCUUGGCCCUGAGGUUACACCACCAGUGUGGCUGGAAAAGAAGAAUUGCUCCAGAUAUGGAACUAGAAGAUGCCUUUGUACAUGGACUAAGACCCUCCAGCAUUCAAUAAAUAAAAACAUACUUGUAACACCUCGAAUUUCAUGCCAAGGAUGACUCUCUGAGCUUCCCUGCCCCUUGUAUUACACUUUGGUGAAGGCGCUACUCCACCUUCUAUGUGUGUAUUCACUUACUCUGCAAUUCCCUUCUUCAACAGAUUUCAAAGCCAGAUGGAUUUUGUUUUUUGAUUGCAGAAAAUCUCUAGAAAGUCUUAGUCAGUUUAUUAAUAAGUUGUUUAUAGCCAUAGGCUGUUACAACAAGAAUACUAUAUACAUUCAUACAAUAUAAAAUAAUCAUCCUAAAUUGAAUUUAAAUUAAAAUUUCAAAUAAAUUGAUUUUAACAACUAUUCCCAGAAUAAG